AUAUGCCUGCGUUGGUAAAAAUGUUUGGUAACAGGUUCCGUUUAUGUAUGUUUUCAUUUUUUUCCAGACAAGUGAAACUUAUAAAUUCUUAUAAAAUGCAUAUUUUUGAUCAUGGGAAUGCCUUGAAUAUGAAAAUAAAUUAAUUUAAUGCGACUCCUUAUAUUUUGCAGGAUAGUGAAAAUGUCAUCACCAAAUAUAAACAACAUAAUACUUGCUGGCUGUUCAGUAAUUUAUAUAUCUAUAAUCAUACAGACAGCGGCGACAACAUCCAAAGCAACGUGUGCGGUACAAUUGUUUUGCUUCUGGAUAGGAUUUGCUACUACAUUUGGAUCAAUGCUGUCCAAGACAUGGAGAGUCUACAGAAUUUUCACAAAUAAAAAAAUGAAACUGAACAUGUCCAUUAGGGACCCACAUCUCCUGAUCAUCAUUGGUAUAAUGGUUACAAUGGAAACGAUCGUGUUAGUCGUCUGGGAGAUUUAUGCACCGCAUGAAGUGAAAAAUCAGCAAAUGGAGAUAUACAUUAGAACCGCAGAUAGUGGAGAGAAGAUAAACAUAAUUGUGUUUUACGCUGUUUGUGAGUCGGAGCAGGCCUACUAUUUCAACUGGACUCUUAGGAUAAUGAACGGUGCUCUUUUAGCCUUCGGAGCAUUCUUGUCAUGGGAAACCAGACAAGUACACAUAGACGCCCUAAACGACUCCAAGACGAUCGGUUUAUGCGUGUACAACGUUGUCAUUCUGAGUGCUGUGGAGCUGUUGCUGUCGCUGUUGCUCAAGGACAAACCGAUCGAGCUGCACGGAGUUUCUUCCGUGUGCCCUUUUGCAGAAACUUUCGUUUCGAAGAUGUUGAUUUUUCUCAAAAAGGAUACCUUCCAUCUUAGGAGGCAUAGGGCCUCACAACACGAAGGGCUCAAAUGCCAUGUGUGUAUACAGUGCGGAAAGAGCUUCGCGGACAAAUACCUACUCGCGGCUCACGAGAAAAGCGAAAUAAAGCAGGGAUUUGUUAAGUGUGACCAGCUCGGCUUGGAAGUGAGGAGUUCGAGUGACCUAAGAGAGCACGCCAAGACCCACAUGCCGGACAAGUGCUACAGGUUUGAUGAGUGUUUUAAAACUUACAAACACAAAACAAACCUUUCUCGACACGUGAGGACAUCACAUACACCAGUGAAUGGUGAUACAAAAUCAUAA